AUGCGUCCAACAUUCGUUAAUAUUUGCCUAUGUGUCAUCUUCUUGUUACUUGGCUUAACACUAUCAGCAAACGCCUAUUCAUUACAUAACAGUAACGAUGAUGAUUUUGCUUGGAAUCAAUUUGAUACCAUUGAUCAUGGUUUAAACGCUCGUGGUGUAUCCCGAUUUUGGAAACGUGUUCCACAUCGAGCAUUUUGGAAACGUGGUUUAAAUUCAUUUUAUGGAAACACUAUGGAUAGACACGAUCCAAUGUUUGACAAUGAUAAACGUUAA